AUGGCGGAUACAGAUGUGGAAACGGACUUCGACUUUGCAUUUUCACUACAGUUAGAAGAAGCAAUGACUGCUUCACUGAUCGGCGAUGAACAAGAAAUUUUUCAAAACGUAAGUUAUCUUCAAACUCUGGAAUUACUUGAAAGGUUAAAACUUGAAGAUGAAGAUAGUUUACAAUGGCAAACAGAGACCAACAAAAUGAAAGAUGAUCUCAAACGUUUAAUACAUGAUCAAGAAGUUGCUAGAGAAAUGAGUCGUAUUCCUGAUGAUCAAUGGGAGGAAACUGGUGGUCAUUUUGAGAAACCCUUUGGUGAAGGCUCUUCUUCAUCUACUGAUCAAUUUCUUAACAAUGAGCCUUUUAAGUUGUACUUCAAGGGUUUGUUUAGCAAUGAAAGAGCUGGAGAUACGAUCGCUGGCAUAGGGUUUGCUGUUUGUGAUCCUCUUGGCAACUCUAUUUUGGAUGGAACUAAACCAUUAGUUGGUGAUUGGAAAUCAGAUUUUGCUCCAGAAGAGUUAGAGCUGAAAGUGGAAGCUAUGGCUUUGAUUCAAGGUUUAACUGCUGCUUAUUCGUUGGAUAUGAAGAGGAUUGAUUUUUAUUGCGAUUACUACCCGCUUUAUCAAUACAUCACAAUGAGAUAUCUAGUGAACCAGCAAAACAUUGCAACAGUCAUUGAUCAGGUUUCUCUGCUUCAAAGAAACUUCAUCAGUUGUCGCCCGUUCCUUGUGGCUCGUAAGGAUGUUAAGUUUGCAUUUAAGCUAGCAAGGAAUGCCGUAGAUUCACAGAUUGCCAAGUUGGGUGAAUGCAGCAAUGCUAGGAAUAAGAAGGAGACGUGUGACAUCUGCUUGGAAGAUAUUUCUGUGAGACAAAUGUUUUCCGUCAAUAAUUGCUCACAUCGCUAUUGUUGUUCUUGUAUGAGGCAGCAUGUGGAAGUCAAGUUACUUGACGGGGUGAUGCCUCAAUGUCCGCACGAUGGCUGUAAAACCAUGCUGAAUCAAGAUAACUGCCAACAAUUUAUGACCCCAAAGUUGAAUGAUAUGGUGAGCAAGCGGAUUAAGGAGGAUUCUGUACCUGUAACAGAGAAAGUCUAUUGCCCAAACCCAAAGUGCUCCAACCUGAUGUCAAAGAACGACAUCCCAAAAUUUGUUUGCAAAGAGUCCACUAAUGAACAUCUUUGUGGAAAAUGUAUGAAAUGCAAUGAAUAUUUCUGUUUCAAGUGCAAGGUCCUGUGGCAUAAUCGCAUGACCUGUGAAGCUUAUCAGGCACAAAUAGUCUCUGAGGAUGAUGCAAAGCUGAAGAAACUUGCCGAUACAAAGCUCUGGCGGCAAUGCAAGAAGUGCAACCAUAUGAUUGAACUGGUUUGGGGUUGCUACCACAUCACUUGCAGGUACCUUCUGUCUCUUCUAGAUGGCAUGCUUAUGUUUAAUGCUAUUCGUGGACACUGAGUCCUUUAAGUAAGAUGGU